CAACUCUACUCUUGAGUGCAUUUUUUAGAUAAGAAACCAGCUUAUCAUUUUAACGAACAGCGGCUGAAUAUAAAAGUUCAAAGUGCUUAUUUUGUUUAAUUUUUAACAUAAAAAAUAAUAAACAGAAACAUCUACCCAAGGCGUAUUUAACACACCUUAAAUACACCUUGCAUCUACCUCAGUGAAUUCGCAAAGAAUCUUUAUGCAAACAAGUUUUUGUCUGUUGCACACCAGAAAUUAAGAAAAUGCUGCCUAUGCUACGCGCUGCCGCCGGCUUUACAACGUCUAUGCGAAUUGUCCAAAAGACUGCUCAAUUGCAACAAGUGCGUAAUUUAAAUUUGCUUGAGUGUAAUAGCAAAGAAUUGCUCCAGAAAUACGGUGUCGCCAUACAGGAAUUCAGACUAUUAGAUAAUUCACCCAACGAUAAGCAGCAGAUUGACCAGUUUGAAUGUCCAGAGUAUGUGGUGAAGGCACAGAUACUGGCAGGCGGUCGCGGUAAGGGUACUUUCGAUAAUGGGUUCAAAGGUGGCGUGCAUCUUACCAAACGGAAAGAUGAAGUGCUUACGCUUACAAAUAAAAUGAUUGGCCAUCGUCUCAUUACAAAGCAAACACCAAAAUCGGGCAUUUUGGUAAAAAAGGUAAUGGUGGCACGUAGUGUAAAUAUUACACGAGAAACGUACGUAUCAAUAGUAUUGGAUCGUGAACAUAAUGGGCCUGUGCUCAUUGCCUCGCCCGCUGGUGGCAUGGAUAUUGAAGCGGUUGCUGAAAAGACGCCUGAGAAAAUAAAGACUGUACCUUUAGAUCUCGAUAAACCAAUUGCUCAAGAAACACUCGUUGAAAUAGCCAAGUUCUUAGAAUUCAAGGGAAAAUGUAUAGAACGUGCAGCCAUUGAGAUUCAAAAGCUUUUCGAUCUUUUCAAGGCCGUGGACGCCACACAAAUUGAAAUAAAUCCGUUAGCUGAGACUGAUACCGGUGAAGUGAUCUCUGUUGAUGCCAAAUUGAACUUUGAUGAUAAUGCCGAAUAUCGUCAAAGAGAGAUUUUCGCGCUACACACCGCCGAAGAAGACACAGAUCCACGUGAAGUGGAAGCUGCCAAAAACAAUCUCAACUAUGUAGCAAUGGAUGGUAAUAUCGGCUGUCUGGUGAAUGGUGCUGGCCUCGCUAUGGCUACUAUGGAUAUAAUCAAGUUAAAUGGAGGUGAGCCAGCAAAUUUCCUUGAUGUUGGCGGUGGUGUUAAGGAGAAUCAAGUGUUAAAAGCCUUCGAAAUCGUGACAUCCGAUCCAAAAGUAAAAGCUAUUCUCGUUAAUGUAUUUGGUGGUAUUGUAAAUUGUGCCACUAUUGCUAACGGAGUAGUAGCAGCUUCAAAAACUCUCAAUCUCACAGUGCCACUUAUAGUGCGUUUGGAAGGUACAAAUGUGGACGAAGCCAGAAAGAUAUUGAAGGACUCUGGACUGGCCAUACAAACAGCUGUGGACUUAGAUGAUGCAGCCAAUAAGGCUGUAGCUGCUUUGCAUUAAAUUGCAUAACUCGCCCGUUGAUCGAAUAUCUUUGGCUGG